UUCGCGGGACGGGAAGCGCAUGUUCAGCAUCUUGAGCGUGUCGCUGUGGUAGACCACCAUCGUGUCGACGUACGGGCCCUCGAAGACGAACUUCCCGUCGAUCACGUGCAACCUCAUGGGCCUGAUAACGGUCCCGCUCGCUCGGGCGCGGCGACGCAGGCGGCCAUGUUGCCGAACCUGAAGCUGACCGAGUUCGUGCUCGGGAUCGGGCCCGCGAAGCCGGACAUGAAGCUGCCCAAGAAGAGGAUGUACUCCGACGUCGUGAUCGUGGGCAAGGACCGCGACUGGAUCCUGACGCAGUGGCUGUCCAAGGACGUGAUCAUGGAGCCGGUCCCGAGCACUGUCAGGAACAAGCAGGAGCAGGCGAAGAACAGGCAGAGCAAGCGCACGAUCAGCGUCAACUUCGCGAGGUUCGGGCUGCCCAUCAGGUCGUUCGGAGCCGUCUUCAACACCCUCAACCAGAACAUCGGGGGCUGA